AUUCGCUGGUCUAGAAAAGCAUGGAGCUAAGGUACUCAAAUAUAAUUCUAGUGAAGAAUUCGCGUCUUCCCUUUGGAAAAUCGCAUCUCCAGUAGCUAUUGAAGGAAAGGCUGCAGCGGACACUUCUUUUAUUUGUAAUGAAGUUAAGGCUGAUAAAAAGAAUGAAGUCUCUGAAGAUAACUCAGAAUCAGCCGCAGAAAUUCAAGCUUGGUUUCAAAAAAUUAUAGAUUCUCCUGAUUCUGAUGUAAAGGCCAGAAAAAUACAAAAUUGGUAUCGUUCAGCACUUAAUCGAAGCCGUAAAUAUCCUAGAAAUAAGACUUUGGAUAAGAUUUACCAUAAGAUUUACAAUGAUAUGUCCGAUCAUUAUGGUGAUGUGAAGGAUGCUCUGGAAUCAUUGUCGAUGACUGAAAAAACAGCACAACAUGAAAAAGCAGACAUUGAAUGGCUUGAAAGUGAGUUACGGCAGACAAACGACAUCAUUCAUAGUGUUUCAGAAUGGAUAGAUAA